CGCGGGUAUUGUUGUUUAGACAUGGCGGUGGCAGGUGCGCUGAGAAGUCAAUAGGUUAGCACUUAGAGAGUAAAAUCAGCGCUUCCCAGAGGAAAUUUAUAUCAUUGAGAGUACCGUAACAUAGACAUAAUAACACUGAAGAUGUCAAUUGAUACUAUUGUAAUUGAAAACCACAUUAAACUAUUUGUUCAAACAAAAAUUGAUGAAGACGUGUAUUUGGACUUGAAGAGACAAUGCAUUUCUAUUGUUCCCUUAUCUAAAAAGGGAUCUACGACUUUGGCAACAUUUUGGGCCAAAGUUCUGCAGAAUAAGAAUGUAUUCCCUGCAACGAAAUACUUGUACCACAAAGACUUUGACAGGAAAACUGAACAGUCAAUUCUAUUUGUAAAAGCAGCUGGUGUCACCUUUACAAUUUUUAUGAAAACUGGCACUCUGACUAUAGAAGGAGAAUAUGUCUACGACUGGUUUAAGAACAGGAUACGAGAUGUCCUGACAGCAUAUGAUGAGAGUGUGGGGUUUCCAGUUGAGGGGUAUGGACAGGUUGUCCAAGCUGAUGAAGAUGAAGCCAUUCCAGUUGAUGAGCCUAGGCUGGUUUUAAAGGAGAAAUCUGCUGUGGUCAAUUCCACCAUUACUGCCCCUGUAGACAUGGCAGAAAGUAUGGACCAGCUGGAGAGUGUCCUUGGAAGGAUCCAUCUUGAUUUGCUCAGCACAGAAUCCCUGCAAAUGCGUUUGAAGGACCUACCCACAGGGUGUAUCAGGGAGGGACACACUUACGUCUAUGAGCUUUGGAAAUCUCUUCUACACAAAUGGUUCAGUGAGGGCUUUAAAGUGUACAUUGCUACUCCAGUCAUUGACACUCAGCGGGUGCUUGACAUUGUGGACUUCAUGUUCCAAAACAAAGAAACUGCAGACCUUGAGGGACUCUUUGUGCAAUAUCAGUGUGGAGAAAAUAAAAGAAUAUCAGAUGUCAAAAGAGAAGUGCUGGAGCUUCCACUAUUUUCUCCUCCACAGAGGCUUCACAUUGAAUAUAAACUUUUCAACAAAUUGAACUAUCCAGCAAAGACAUUUAACUGUAAAUUCAUAGCUGGAGUGAAGGGAGAUGCAGCUCAAGUUAUGGUCACUAGUGCAGGAUUCAACAGGAAUCACUUUGAAGAAGAGAGUUAUGAAUUUGUGAUGUUUCAUCAGACCAAAAAAGACAAUUUUAUCAGGGAGUAUAUGGAGCCUCUGACCACCAGCAUUGGUCUAGAAUAAAAAACAAUAGUCAUUAUCCAAAAACUGCAAGAUGAACAAAGUCUAAACUUGACUAGUGAAUUAACAGGAAUUUUGAUUUAUCUAAAAAAUUGGUCAAAAUGAUUAAAUUGAAACAUGCAAUCAAUAAUUUCUUUUAUGCAUGGUUGUA